AUGUCUACAUGUUUGCUUUCACUCCUUGGGGAAUCAGGCACUGGAAUCCCGCCAUUGUCAGGGACACAGAGAGGACGCAGUCGAAAAGGCGUUCCAGAUUCUAGGUUAUACAGUCUGUUCAUGGCCGAUCUUGGGGAAUCUCAGGGGGGUGUCGCGGAUGAGUUGAUAGUGGAAUUAGAGGUUUCCAGAGAAGAAAUCCAGGCGACAACCGAAUAUGGUUUAAUCGGGAAGGUUAUUGUGGAUCGCAUCUUAAAUAAAAGAGGAGUGAUGAAUGUAUUACAAGCGAUAUGGCCGAUUAAGGUUCUCCAAAGAGUGUUUGAUCUUGGCCCUAAUCUGUAUGGAUUUUCCUUUGCUGAUCGCAAGAGUAUGGAGCUGGCUUUAUCUUGUGGUCCAUGGACGGUGAUAGGCUAUUGUUUGUGCUUGCAGCGAUGGGAUGCUUCCAAGGCAGUAACUAAGAUCCAAUUUAACACAGUCAAUUACUGGGUUCAGGUACAUAAUCUUCCUCUUGAGUUUAUGACCUAUAAUAAUGCUAAGAAGAUUGGGGAAAAUCUGGGAUCUAUUCUGGAGAUCGAGAAUCCUGACUGGGUUAGAGGUUAUGGAAGAAGUUUCAUUCGGAUUAGAAUAGCUGUGGAUUUAAAAAAGCCAUUGAUUAGCAGUUGUGAGAGAGUUGUUAAACCUGAUGGGAUAGAGAAUGGUAAGUCCAGAUAUGGACCUUGGAUGAGAGUUGAACCUGUCAGGGGCUCUAGAAAAGAGGAGGAGGUGAAAGUUGUGCAAGAAAGAGCAGUUCCUGAAUUGCCUUAUGAACAAAUGGAAGCAAUAAAAAAUGGAAGAGCUGUCCCUGAGCUGACCCCAGAAGAAUUUGAAGCUUUCAGGGCUGCUAAGGAGAAUUGCAACCCUACUAAACCUGGUAAUGUAAGGAGAAAUUUGUUCAAAGGAAAGGAGAAGUAUGAUAGGGAGGCACUUCAAGAGUUAAAUCCUGCUUCUAAGCAAAGUGGAAAAUCCCUAUCCAAUUACCAUACCCAUAACAAGUCUCCUAAUUCAGAUCACUUUAAAGCUCCCUCUUCUAGCACCAAUCCUAAUACAACUUCUAUUCUUACUGAACUCCACCAGAUUCCCUUUGAAAACCCUUCCAACUGUCUUACUCCAAAGAAAAGAUUAAUUGGAAAUAACUCUUCCCUCACUCUUGAAGAUCAAUAUUCUCUUACACAAUCCCCAUCAAAGAAACAACACAACUUAUCUGUUACACAAUACUCUCAUCAAUCUACUCCCCCUCUUCACUCACCUACUUCAUCCCACAUACAGUUCCCUAUGGUAAACUUAAUCCACACUCCAUCUCCAAAGAAAAGAAUAGUCUCACCCAUACCCAUUUCUCUCCAUGAAAACCAAACACAAUAUAUACCUGACAUUACUUCAUCACCUGCUAAGAGAUUACAUACAUUUCCUGUUACUAUUAUCACAGAUCAAAAAAUCCAUUAUCAAUCUUCUGAAACCCAACAAGGCUUACCUAUCUUUGAUGAAUAUAUGGUGGAACCUCCUGAUGAGGAAGAUGAGGCUGAGGAGCCAAAAGGUAAUCAGGACCUUGAAACUGUUGUAGAAGAAACUAUAAGCCAGCAAUUAGUGCCUGUCCUAAGAGGUUUAUCUCUAAAAAGGCAGUUCCAACUAAUAGAAUGGGAAGAAGGCCAGGGGGAGAGAAUGAAGGCCAGGCAGAUUGAAGCUAAUGAAACAAGACAGAAACUCUACAAUGAGGAAAUAGUGGUGAGAAGUCACCAAGCCAAUAUGAGGCACAUUUCAUGGAACUGUCAAGGCAUUGGGCCAGCCUUGACAGUAGAAGCUCUACAUGAGCUUAAGAGAGACUAUAGCCCUCAGCUGAUGUUUUUAAUGGAAACCAAAAACAGGGAGGAUAAGCUGGAAACAUUAAGAAGAAAACUAAGGUUUAAUGGAAAGUUUUAUGUUGAACCGGAAGGUAUUGGUAGAGGUCUAGCAUUAUGGUGGAAUGAACAAAUAUCAGUUGAGUUAAUAGGAUUCUGUAAAUACAUGAUUGAUGUGAUUGUUAAAGAUGAGGAGAAUGACAGUACUUGCAGGAUUUUCUGGGUUCAUGGACCCACAGAUUUUGAGGAGAGACAGUUUAUAUGGAAUAUGAUUGUGGACAGAGGGAAAACUGUGGAAGGCCCUUGGAUGUGUGCUGGCGACUUCAAUGACAUAUUGUAUCAUCAUGAGAAAGAAGGAGGCAAUCUAAAAGCAGAGAGAAAGAUUAAAGGUUUUAGAAGUAUGAUAGAGAGAAGCAGCCUCAUUGAUCUGAAUUAUCAUGGGCAGAAAUUCACAUGGAUCAAUAGGCGGGAUAACAUGCUUAUUAAAGAAAGGAUAGAUCGAGCCUUGGUUAAUUUGGAUUGGAUGGAGACCUAUCCCAAAUCACAGGUCUUCAACCUUCCCAUCAUAGGCUCAGAUCACAGCCCGCUGCUUAUAGACACAAAUGUAGUGGAUGGCAAAGCUACUAAGCUGUUUAAAUUCGAGGUGAUGUGGACCGAAAGCCCUGAAUGUAAAAUGGUUAUUAAAGAUGGCUGGAGUGCUGAGUUUAAUGGAUCCAGAAGUUUCCAACUUGUCCAAAAGCUUAAGAAGUGCAAGAGGUUGCUUAUUGACUGGAGUAGGAAAGUUUUUCCCAAUAACAAGAAGGCUAUUGAUGAGCUGAAGAAGAAAGUGGCCGAGAUUCAGGACAAAGAUGUUUCUGAGCAGUGUUGUGCAAAAGCUGAGGAACUGAUCAAGGAGAUUGGGAACCUGUUCUUCCAUCAAAGUACGAUUCAGAGAAGACAACGCAAUAAAAUUCUGAAGUUGAAAGAUAGUAAUGGUGAUUGGAUAGAGAAUGAAGAAGAUAUUCAGCAGCUUUUUAAAGAAUUUUACUCGGACCUUUUUCGGUCAGAUGGAAACUCUGAAGAGGUGCUGGACUGUAUUCCCAAUCUGGUUUCUGAUGAAAUGAAUGACAAACUGACAGCUGCUAUUACAGAGGCGGAAAUUGAAACAGCCACCUUCGAGCUUGGCACUUUUCAAGCACCUGGACCAGACGGCUAUAAUGGGGUGUUUAACCAAAAAUACUGGAGUAUAGUGAAGGAGGCUGUCAUCAAAGCUGUCAGGGGUUUUUUCGAAAGUGGAAAUAUGCUUAAGGAAAUUAACACAACAAACUUAGUAGUGAUUCCAAAGGUGAAGAAACCAGAUGAGGUUGGCCAAUUCAGACCCAUAGGCUGCUGUAAUUUCAUUUAUAAGGUGAUUUCUAAGGUGCUUGUGAAUAGACUGAAACCUUUUAUGGAUGACCUUAUUACUCCUAAUCAGAGUGCUUUCAUAGCCGGCCGUCAAAUCCAGGAUAACAUCAUUAUUGCCAAUGAGGUCUUUCACUACUUGAGACUCAAAAAGAAGGGGAAGAAAGCUGAUAUGGCUUUGAAAAUUGAUAUGAACAUGGCAUAUGAUAAAGUGGAGUGGGGUUUUCUUGAGGCGGUCAUGAACAGACUGGGUUUCGCUAGAAGAUGGGUACACUGGAUUGUAGAAUGCGUCAGCUCUACGUCUUUCAACAUACUUUUCAAUGGAAAGCGGUCAGAUGUUUUUUUCCCAUCUAGAGGUCUCAGGCAAGGGGAUCCUCUAUCCCCUUACCUCUUCCUGUUUGUCAUUGAUGUCCUCUCGAGGAUCAUCAAUAAAUCCUUGGAGUCCGGAACAAUCACAGAAUUCAUAUGUAUUUUACAAAUAUAUAGUGCAGCAUCUGGACAAGCUGUGAAUUUUGAAAAGUCUUGUGUUGUUUUUAGCUCUAAUACUAAUGAACAGGUUCGAGAGGAGUUAGCUCAAUUUUUGCAGAUUCCAGCAGCUGAACAUCCUGGCACAUACUUGGGAAUUCCAUCCUUUUGGGGGAAGACCAAGUGUGAGGCAAUGAAAUUCAUCAAGGAGAGGGUGGUUCAGAAAGUUAAGGGUUGGAAACAGAACCUGUUGACUCAAGCUGGACGGGAAAUCCUUAUCAAAUCAGUAGCUACGGCGGUUCCACUCCACACUAUGCAAUGCUUCAAAAUCCCAAAAAGAAUUUUUGAGGAGGUAAUUAAAGGAUUAUACUAUCCCAAUGCCACAAUUCUUACAGCUAGGAAAGGGGGUAAAGCAUCUUGGACUUGGACUGCCAUGUUAGAAGAGAUACGAAAUAAGGAAGAUAGAAGUUGGCAACUGGACAGCAUUAGAGCUUUGAUAAUGGACAAAUCAGCUGAUGCCAUAGAGAUGAUACCCUUGGGCUCGGAAAUGAAGGAGGAUAGACUGAUAUGGCCCUUCAACAGUGAUGGAAGAUAUAGUGUAAAAUCUGGAUAUCACUCAGCCAAAGAUCAAAUGGAAAAGCAAGCCAAUAGAAGCUCCUCUAGCUCACAUAUUGUUAAUGAUAAUGUAUGGAGAUCAGUGUGGAAAACUACAGGACCAAAUAAAGUCAGAAAUUUCUUGUGGAAAGCCGUCAUCAACAGACUUCCAACUGCAGAAGGUUUAUGGAAGAGAAGAAUUAAUAACAGCCCAAUGUGCCCUAUUUGUCAACAAAAAGAGGAGACUACAGAGCAUGCACUACUACUUUCUGACUGGACUGAAAAAGUGUGGUUUGGCAUGGACUUUGGAUAUAAGAUUGACAAGAGGGCCAUCACCACUUUCGAUGCUUGGUUUGAAAAAGUAAUUCAGAAUGCAGGGGGUUGGUUGAAGCUAAACUGCGAUGGUGCAUUUGACAAAGCCUCAAAUGAAGCAGGAAUUGGCGUGAUUAUAAGAGAUGACAAUGGUCGAGUGGUGCAGGGAUGCAACAAGACGAUCAAGGCUAAAUCUGCAACUUGUGCUGAGGCUUUGGCGGUCUAUGAAGGACUGAAACUAGCAAGGAAUAUAGGGGCUCAAAGGUUAAUAGUUGAAACCGACUGUCAGUUGGUAUAUCAGAAUGCUAUAUCCAUCAGAGAUAGAUGUUGGGAAAUCGAGCCUAUUUCAGAAGAUAUCAAGAACCUACUCAAAGAUUUUCAACAGAGCAAAAUGAGAUGGAUUAGUAGAACCGCUAAUCAAGCUGCAGACUGGGUUGCCUGUCAAGCUCGAAAGAAGAUGUGCCCGGAAGGUUGGGUUGAUCAACCCCCAUCUUCUCUUGUCUAUAUUCUUAGUAGAGAUGGCCUCCCAGCCCCACCACUUUAA